GGCUUUUGGGCGUUGUUUUCGGUGCCUUAAAUAUAUAAGAAAUAUUCUCAAAAUUGAAUAAAAAUUGUAUAAAAUUGAGACUGUUCCUAUUUGCAUUCGCAGUGGCUACGAAUUGCGCGCAAAUGCGAAUAAAGCGUCGUGUGCAACGACAACAGCAGCAAGUGGGUAAUAACCCAGGAGGCCAUUGACCGCGUUUCUAAACGGAACCGGAGUUUUGUAUACCACACCCAGUCAAAGAAGAAGCCAAGCGUCGUGGGACUAUGUCCACAAUCGAAGAAGAGCGUAGCGCGUACGAAAGGAAUCCAUAUUUUACUGGGCACAUCUACGGAAAUUUCUCACCGUUCUAUGUGACAAUUGCCAUUUGCACCGUUGUACUGGGCUCGAUAAUAAUAUUGAAUAUUAUCUUGGGUUGCUGCUCCAAGUAUCGCAAGUACUGGCAGGACAGGCAUACAGGCAAUCGCUGGUUAGUUUCGAUCUGGUCUGCCACGCCACACAAGCAACCACCAUUGGAUUUCACUGAAUUGAAGGACGGGUCGUAUUUUCAAAGCCUCCACCCGACCACACAUCAGCAAGUGUUCCCUGAGGAAGUGAUAGUGGGUGAAUUGGAGCCCGUGCAUCAGCAGCAUCAUCAUCAGCAACGUCCACCGCGUCCAGAAGGUCGUACUUUACAUCAACAACGUCAACGUGAGGAAUACGUUGAAUUGCAGAAGCGCGAGAGUGACAUUUAAGCCAAAUAGUUUGCCCACUCGACGCCUGAACAGC